CUUGCCGCCACAAGCGGCAGUGGUGUCAGCACCAGCGGAGGCAACAGCAGCACCCGCGGAAGCAGCAUCGCAAGCCGUUUCCGCCAGCCACACGUGCCGUUGUGGCACCGGCAACCACCACCGCCGCCUCCGAGCGCCGUGGCACAAGCCUGGUGUAAUUCGUGUCUCAGCCCAGGACAAGCCAUUGCCGUGAUAUCCGCGUACACCGGCUUUGACUACUACCCAGGGGCCGCGCUGCUGGAUUCCAUACUGCUUGCCGUACGGCCCCAACUGCCGUACAUGGCAGUUUGUGAGGUCUCGGAGCUUUUGGUGACACUGGCGGCGCUGCGGCACGUGCCUGGACCUCAGACGCUGGAAAUCAUGGCGACGGCGGCUCUAUUCCCAUGUACGGCAACGUGCACCACAAGCCCUUGUACGGCGGCGGCGGCAGCUACUGUCCCGGGGUCCGCAACGUUAUCCCUUGAGGCUCCGCAGCCGUUGCAUGGGAGGCGGCCGCGGCAAGAGCAGCAACUCGAGGUGGCGGAGGUGGCUGUUGGGAAGGGGUUAUUGCCAGGAGAGGCCGCAGUGCAGCGGCUCAGAUCGCUUUGGGCGCUUGUAAUGGUGGGCUGGCGGCCGGCGGCACGAACAGUGGAGGAGGUGUUGGCACCCGUGUUGCCCAGCUGCGACGACGACGUUGGCGACGACGCCUGCACACCCCUUGACUGCGAUGACGCGACCCGGCUGUUCAGCUUGCUUGCCAUGCUUCCCCAGGAGGGGCUGACUGUCAAGCGGUUUGGCCUCGGCUGCAUGAGAGCCGCGGAUGCACUUCGCAAGGCAGCGGAGAUGGUGGACGGAGGCGGUAUCAGUAGCAUCGGCGGUGGUGCGAGCAGUUC